CUUUUGGUGGCACCAAUUACCUUCACCAUGUCCGAUGAGAAGCAGACUCACGACCCCGAAGCUGUACAGGAGCUUCCUCGUCCUGUCGAUGGCAAGAAUGGAGUGUCGGAAAAGAUACUCCAGCACUCUAACGACGCUGAUGAUGCGAUGAAAGCGUUUGCCGCAGUUGGCGAAGUGAUUGAAUUGGACGAAGAAACCAAUAAAAGACUUCUCCGAAAGAUUGACUGGAACAUCAUGCCCCUGCUCUGCGUGGUAUACAUGUUGAACUUCCUCGACAAAACCUGCAUCUCUUACGCCUCUGUCAUGGGUCUGAAGAAAGAUCUCGGUCUACAUGGACAACAAUACUCAUGGCUAGGCAGUAUGUUUUACUUCGGUUACCUGAUCUGGGAAUAUCCUACCAAUCGCCUUCUUCAACGCCUACCUCUGGGCAAAUACUCGUCCUUUAAUGUCAUCGCUUGGGGUGUAACAUUGACCUGCUUCUCCACCGUCGCAAGCUUUCAAGGUGCACUUGCGGUGAGAUUCUUCUUGGGCUUGUUCGAAGCUGCAGUCACACCUGGCUUUGCACUUUUCACUAGUCAGUGGUACACGGCGAAAGAGCAAGGCUUGCGAACAGGAAUUUGGUUUUCGUUCAAUGGUUGGGCACAAAUUUUGGGUGGUCUAGUCGCCUAUGGCAUUGCUCGAGGUACUGAUGCUCACGAAGCCUCCAUCGAACCUUGGAAGAUCGUUUUUCUAGUUACUGGACUCCUUACCGUGGUCGUCGGAAUUCUGUUCUAUUUCUUCAUGCCUGAUAACCAGCUUAAUGCUCGCUUCCUCACGCCUGAUGAGAGGCUUUUGGCUGUCGAACGCGUACGCAUAAAUCAGCAAGGCAUCGGCAAUAAGCAUUUCAAGAUGUAUCAGGUCAAGGAAGCACUUACAGACCCAUUGGCAUGGAUGUUUUUCUUCUAUGCUUUGAUCGCCGACUUACCUAACGGUGGACUCACUAACUUCUUUUCCUUGCUUAUUGAGUCAUUUGGCUAUACAGCUGAGCAGUCACUACUCUACGGCACACCCGCUGGUGCAGUAGAGGUGGUCUCGUUGAUUGCCUGUGGCUGGCUGGGCGAUCGCGUGGGCUCGCGUCUUCUGGUCUCAACUUCCUGUCUCUGGCUUUCCAUCUUGGGUGUCUUGCUCAUUGUCUGUUUGCCUGAUACUAUGAAUGUAGGCAAGCUGAUUGGUUACUAUCUCACUGGUAGUGCUGCGACCUGUUUUGUGGCUUUGCUGUCACUCAUUUCUUCCAAUGUGGCUGGUUACACGAAGAAGACGACAGUGGCUGCUAUGUAUCUGAUUGGAUAUUGUGUUGGCAACAUCAUCGGUCCUCAGACUUUCCAAGCUAAAGACGCACCCAAAUACGUGCCCGCCGAAGUCACCAUCAUUGUUUGCUGGGGCAUUGCGGCAUUCCUUGUUUACGCAAUCUACUUCUACUGUCGAUACCAGAACAAGCUCAAGGCUCAGAUCAGAAGUCAACCCGGCUAUGUGAAACUUGAGAACCAAGAAUUUUUGGACUUGACGGAUAAGGAAAAUCCUGAGUUUAUUUACACUCUGUAA